AUGGUGUUCAUGUGGAUGCUGUCAACGCCUUCACAUGCUUCUCUCCGCCUGCCCCAGACGAUUUUGAUUCUGAUGGACAAACUGCAGCGGAAUUUGUCAUCGAUACUGAGAGGGCACGGGUCCGGUCUUGCAGCUCUCGUUUCAGCGAUUCCACAACGUCCGCUAUACGUUUUCUAA